CUUACCGCUUGAGGUUUAGACUUGGUUCAUGAGCAAUCGCUAUCGUCCAGGAAUACAUCCAUCCACCAUCAUCCAUCAUCCAUCGACCCCAAUUCAUUUGCUUUAUACCCAGGACAGCCAUUGGUUCAUUGUAACCCCUUCCCCGCGAUGAUCCUAGUAUCUUGAGACUCAGAAGAUCACGUCGCCACUGUCUAGCUCAGCGUUCGCUUUUCCGUUCCGACCGUCGAAGUCGUCAUUCCCCCCCCUCGCCAUGAUGAGACCCGAAUCUGUUCUUCGCUUGCGGGGCACGAUGCGCACGAUUACACCGAGAAUGAGCUGCCGCUUUAGCAGUCAGUCGCUCUCGGUAUCCCAAAGGAGAGGUCUGCGUGUUUCGGUCCAGCAUCGCGCCGAUGAGAAACCCCAGCCCUUCAAGCAUCAAUUGUAUGAAAGUACACAACAACGCCUUAAACGUGAGCGUGCUGAACAGGAACGGUAUUCACAGUAUCAAACCCAAUCACAGGGUGGUCGCUAUGCGGCAUUGAUGUUCGCAUUGGUUUUUUUUUCCACCGGAGCGUAUUAUCUAGGUUCAUUGAAGCCUGCUGAGCUUCCUACCUCUUCGACGACGUCUUUAUCUGAUAUAGAAUCUCCCCGACACAACGCCUCCCCGUCAAACCUUCAGGCUGCUUGGGCCGAUUUCGUUGAUAUCCUGGGGAAAGAGAAUGUCUCCACACAAAAUGCUGAUUUGGAAAUGCACUCGGGGUCCGACUGGUCUUCCUACGCACUGAAAGAAGAUGAAAGACCGUUCCUAGUUCUCUACCCAUCUACUACCGAAGAGGUGUCCCGAGUAAUGAGAGUUUGUCACCAAAGGUUGAUCCCAGUGACUCCUUACUCAGGUGGUACCAGCUUGGAGGGUCAUUUUGCACCCACGAGGGGAGGCGUAUGCAUUGAUUUCCGUCGCAUGGAUCGUAUCCUGGGGCUCCAUAAGCGGGAUCUAGAUGUUAUCGUCCAGCCUGCCGUCGGUUGGGAGGAGUUGAAUGAGCGGCUUUCUCAAGAUGGGCUCUUCUUCCCCCCUGACCCGGGUCCUGGUGCUAUGAUCGGUGGCAUGAUCGGCACAGGCUGUUCGGGAACAAACGCAUAUAGAUAUGGGACCAUGCGUGAUUGGGUUCUUUCUUUGACUGUUGUGCUUGCAGAUGGGACUAUCAUCAAAACGAGACAACGUCCACGAAAGUCGAGUGCUGGUUACGAUCUCACUAGACUUUUUAUUGGCAGUGAAGGCACCCUGGGGCUAGUGACGGAAGCUACAUUGAAGUUGACGAUCAAACCUAAGAGCCAAAAUGUCGCUGUUGCAAGCUUUCCCACGAUACAGAAUGCGGCAGAGUGUGUGACGCGCGUGGUGGAAGAAGGCAUUCCAGUGGCUGGUCUGGAAAUCCUAGAUGAUGUGCAAAUGAAAUGCAUUAAUGACAGCCAGUCCACUAGCCGACACUGGAAGGAAUCACCGACUAUUUUCUUCAAAUUCACGGGAACGCCUGUGGGCGUCAAGGAGCAAAUAGGUAUGGUGCAGAAGAUUGUUUCUGCCAGUGCGGGUCGGUCCUUCGAGUUUGCCCGAGGUCCAGACGAAAUGCAAGAACUAUGGAGCGCUCGGAAACAAGCGCUUUGGAGCGUCAUGUCUAUGAGGAGAGGACCUGAAGACCAUGUCUGGACGACCGACGUGGCUGUCCCUAUGAGCAAAUUGCCUGAGAUCAUUGAAGCUACGAAGCAUGACAUGACCGAAAGUGGUUUGUUAGCUGGAAUUUGUGGUCACGUUGGAGAUGGUAAUUUCCAUGCGAUCAUCCUUUUCAAUCAAGAUGAAAAAGCAACGGCCGAGGCUGUGGUACACCGGAUGGUAAAGCGAGCCGUCGAACUAGAAGGUACAGUUACUGGCGAACACGGAGUUGGAAUUGUAAAGCGGGAUUACUUGAAACAUGAACUGGGAGAGUCUACAGUGGAUGCAAUGCGCCGGUUAAAAUUAGCCUUCGAUCCCCUUUGCUUGCUUAAUUGCGACAAGGUCGUUCGGAUUGAACCUCCGAUGACAGGAGAAGUGAAGGAGUGGUAAACACAGAAAUCGGUCUUUAGGUGUAGAUUAGCACCUGCUUAGGUUCGAAAGUAUAUACUCAUGGAAAGAAGGUGUGGCCAUAAUUGCCAAUAUGCCCUUCCGUCUUUCACCAAAUUAGCAGAAAAUGUUCUCAUAUGGGUAACCAUCUCAGUAAGAUAAGUUGACUUUACACUUGCCUAUUGCAAGUUCCAGUGGAUACUUC